AUGUUUGGUAGACACCCUCUGUUACCACUUGAGCAUACAUCAAGUCUAUUCCAGUUUAAUCGCCCAAAUGACUAUUGGAUGCAAAUGAUGAAGGCCAUGAAUGUCUAUCGUGAAGCAGCUCGUGAACGUAUACCGGGAUGUUGGGCGUCGAUUUUCAUCGCCGUUUCUCCUUCUCACCGCGAAGAGGUCUCCCUAGUUCGAGAAGGUACGAGUACAACGAGCACAAAAAAUAGGAAAAACGAGAAGACGCUGUUUCGCAAAAUUUUGCAAAAUUCUUAAAUUAGAAGUGUUUUGUUGCAAAAUUUUUCACAAAUCUCUUUUUUCCAGGAAGAAAAUUGCGAGUUUCUGUAAGAAACAUAGAAGAUUUCGAAGUUUGCAGAAAUUUGCAAUUUUCUUCCUGGAAAAAGAGAUUUGUGAAAAUUUUUGCAAAAAAACACUUCUAGUUUAAGAAUUUUGCAAAAUUUUGCGAAACAGCGUCUUCUCGUUUUUCCUGGGAAAUCAUCAGUUAGCAAACAAAGAAUGAUUAUAAGAGAACAGAAAAGGUAAAAAAUCAGAUUGCUAACCGAAUCAACACAAGCUUAAAAAAUAACUAAAAGAAAAAGAAGUCACUGUUUUAUGUAUAGUCACUGUUUUAUGCAGAGUCAUGCGUCAUUCAAAAUAUCAUCGACUAAACUAUCAUCUUCAUUUAGCGCUGAGGAAAUAGAUAUUUUUUCUUUUUUCCUUUUGAGCACUGUUCUGUGAAUGAUGU